AUGAAUGAUCUAGUGAUGACCAAAGCAGACAAAACUAGGCAUUUAGUUGUCAUGAAGAGGCAUACGUUUGACAAGGAAUUACAUGCUUACAUCAAGAAGACCGAAUGUGAAAUUGUUGACGACAAAAUAAUUGGGUCUUUGGACAGAAGGGUCAAGAAGUUAGAACGCUCAAGUCUCGCUGCCGUUUUGCCUUUUCUGAAGAAAUGCCACAAUCCAAGUUCAGGAGCUCCAAGAUUGUUUGCGUUUGCUAAGAUGCACAAAACCGGAAAUGAAUUAAGACCAGUGGUAGAGAAGUGUAGGGGGCCCACCUUUAUCUUAGAAAAAAGGCUACAUGAAUAUUUAUCCUCACAGCUAGAUGAUGAUAGACUGGUGGCAAAAGAUCCUCUUGUCGUAGUGAAGGAAGUGCAAAAUAUUUCUUUAAUGGAAGACGAAGUAGCGACCGUUUUAGAUUAUGAAAGCAUGUAUCCUUCAGUAAUGAUUGAAUCGUGUGUGGAGGCAUUAUUGAAUUUCAUGUACAACAACAACCCUCAGUUGCUUAGUUACACCCAAGACCUAGAGGAACUAGCUAGCCUGGUAUGCCAUCAAUCUUGUUUUACUUUUUGUGGUCGAAUAUACAGGCAGAAAAGAGGGGUUCCGAUGGGAAGUCCCCUCUCUGGAAUUCUUUGCGAGUUAGUAGUUAGAAGAUUAGAAAGAGGAGUUGUACGAAAUUUUAAGGAAGAUGUCAUACAUUUCGUCAGAUAUGUGGAUGACAUUUUUAUAUUAUGGAAAAAUAAUAGCAGAAUACAUGAAUUUUUGAAUAGAAUCAAUAAUAACAAAGAUGGUCUUAGAUUAAAAUUAGAGCAAAAAAGUUCCUUGAAUGUGCACUUCUUGGACAUUAAUAUCAAGUUCAUGGGAGAUCAUUUGUCCACCAGCGUAUAUAUUAAACCUACUCACACUCCGCUAUAUAUACCAGCACAGUCCAUGGAUCCAUAUCGAUAUAAAAUGGCCGCAUUUCAAACUUUGAUUAGAAGAGCUUAUUUGUAUUGUGAUAGAAUCGGUGACAGGAAUAAAGAAAUUGAUAGUAUAUUGCAAGUAGCCCAGACUCUAGGUUACAAGAAAAGGACCAUUGUAGGAUUACUCAAAAAAUAUGAAAGGAUCAAAGAGAGAAAAAGCUUAAAUACCGCUCCCAAUAGGCGCUUGAAGUUUAUAUAUAAUAAUAAUUUGAACAGUAUUAUGAAAGAAGUUGCUAAUAGGAAACAAGCAAGAAUAGUUUUAAAAAGAGCCCCAAAUUUAUAUAAGAUAUUGAGGAAUGAUAAUGAUAGAAUAAAAACAGAAGAAAAACCAGGUGUCUAUAAAGUUCCUUAUGAGAACAUCCAACUACUGUAG